GACGAAUCGGGGGGAGUGGAGUAUAUUUGAUUGGUAUGGGGGGGAGAUGCGGAGGCAUUUUUAUAAGAAUUAUAAGGCUGAGCUGGUGAAGUUUUUGGAUCAUCGGGAUGGACUUCGGAAGAUCGUUUAUUGUUUGCAACUGAUACGGAAGGCUUACUUUGCGCCGCUUAUGGAGUAUCUGCUUCCGUUGUUGGAUGCUGUGGAGCAGGAGAGGGUGUUUGUUCAGCGUCGGCGGAACUUUCACUUGAUGAUUGCUUAUACACUGCCUUGGCAGCGUGUUUCGCCUUUGCUUAGUCGGGAGUUGAUGACGCAUGCUAUCACGAUACUGGGGAUCGAUACGUUACAGGAGAGGGAAGAGGAAGUUGAUGUGGAUGAUAUGGAGGUCGACCGACGGUAUUCCGUCUCAUAUCGAGAUUGGCGGGAUGAACCGUCUGCUGAGGUUCGGAUGCAGAUGAUGACGGAAGGCGAAGAUGCGCGCGUUACUACUGCUCGUGAACGAUUGCUGUCGUUCUUUAAUGAUUUAGAGCUUGUUGGGCUGGGCGGAGUCAGAGCUCAGAAUGUUUUUGCUGGCGUGAUGAAUACCAUGAUGACGGAAUUUAUGAGGGCUGCAUAUACAGGACAGUGGGAGGGGCCAUCGAAGGUCUCACAACACCUUCGACACUGGAUAGAGAAUGUUUUUGCUCGACUGGUUGUACAGGUCCUAGCUAUCAUCAAUGUCCCCGAGACCGGAACAAAGGAGACUGAUCGUCUGGACGUGAAACUCAGCGACGUGGAGAAAUGGCAAGAAAUUGGCAUUGCUCGUCUGGGGGCUCUUCGCACUGGGGAACUAUUUGAUGUGAUAGUUGAGUGGCCGGCUAGUAGUGGUGCCAUUGAGGAUUUGCGGCAUUUCACAGCAUAUCCAGCAGCACGGUUUCAGGUGACACAGUCUUUCUCCGCGGCCCUGGAACAACGUCUUUUGCACCCGGGUGCUUCGACCGUGGAGAUAUUGCAGAUGUAUAUUUCCAUUAUCCGUGCGUUUAACCUGUUAGACCCGAAAGGUGUUCUUCUGGAUCGGAUCGCUCGGCCCAUUCGCAGGUACCUUCGGGACCGCCAGGAUACCGUAAGGGUCAUUGUCGGUGGCCUUUUGGCCGACCCAGCAGAUGCUCAUGUGCAUGGCCCUGGAGACACGUUGGUCGAACUGUCGGCCGAAUUGACCAAGGCCCACCAGAAUUCAAUGACAAGUGACCGGGGAGAACUGGAUUGGGAUGAUAUGAACUGGAUGCCCGAUCCAGUCGACGCAGCCCCCGACUAUCGGAAAUCCAAAAGUUCGGACGUCAUCGGUAGCUUAAUCAGUUUGUUCGAUUCAAAGGAGGCCUUCGUGAAGGAGAUGCAGAGAAUGCUGGCAGACCGGCUGCUCCAAAAGUGGGCGAACUUUGAUCAGGAGAUGUCGGUGCUGGAGCUUCUCAAGCUUCGUUUUGGCGACAAUGCUUUGCAGGCUUGCGAAGUCAUGCUCCGGGAUAUCUUUGAUUCACGGCGGGUCGAUGCGGUUGUGAGAAAUGACCAAGGCCUGACCAGGAAAUUGGCGGCAGUAUCUCCUACAUCUAGCUUAGAAGAUGACGAUGUUCCACAGCUGCACGCCAAGAUCUUGUCCCACUUUUUCUGGCCCGAACUCCAAGAACAGUUUUUCAAUGUGCCCGAGGAGAUUUCGGAAUUGCAACAGCGCUAUGCUGCAGGAUUCGCGUCGCUCAAGCAGUCUCGUAAGCUCACCUGGCUCAAUGGGUUCGGACAAGUGAAAAUCGAGCUGGAUCUCGAAGACCGGUGGUUUACGGACGAAGUGACUACUUGGCAAGCCACCGUCAUCUAUGCGUUCAACACCCCAUCCGAUGAGGGGUCCGACGAAGGCUCCGACGAGCCGAUAAGCAAAAGUGUCAACCAAUUGGCUGAGGAAUUGGACAUGUCGGUAGCUUUGCGAGACACUUUUCGUGUGCUGGAAGUUCUACCGAAUGAGGAGGAGGAAGCUAUCGGAGGCACUGGCGUAUCAGCCGCAGACGAUACUGCAGGGGGUGGAUCGGCGGACUCGGCGGCAGCAGCCGAAGCCGCAGCGGCCGCAGCAGCGAAGGAAUCGGCGGAGGCGGCGACGAUGGAGAAGAUGAACCUGUACUGGCAGUUUAUCAUGGGCAUGUUGACCAAUCAAGGCGCGAUGCCGUUGCAACGCAUUGUGAUGAUGCUAAAAAUAGCCGUGCCGGGCGGAUUUCCCUUCAACAACGAAGAACUGCGGGAGUUCCUAGCGGGAAUGGUGUCCAAGGGAAAACUGGAGAUCGUCAGCGGAGGCAACUACAAGAUCGUCCAAUAAUUCCGCUGCCGGAGGGAUACGAUUUAUGACUAAUGAUGUAUAGAUUAAUGGUCGUUGCUAAUCGGACAUGGUAUUGAACUAAAAAAAAG